GCGCACUUACCGCCGCACUUCCAACCUCUGCCUAAUACGUCCGACGAGGAGGCGAAUGACACGGUUGCGGACCGUGCUGCUGGGAAGUGGGUCCACCCAGGAGUGGGCGGCCACAGAGCUAUGUGGGAGCCGCGACGACGCGUAUCAGCAGUCGUAUACCGAAUUCCUCCACCAGAGGCUCAACAGAGAUGAAGGCGAUGGCGAUGUGAAUCUGUCAUUCGGGCUCUGUAGUGGGAGGUCGUCGACCACCUCGCGAAAAGUCGUCGUGUGUCCCCACCCCGACGACUACGACGGGCAAGUGACGGCUGUUGUGCGACCAUCGAAGUCUCCAGUGCCGGUUUGGGAGGCGUCAGGGAACAACAGGGAUCCUCCCAGGCAGCAAUUUCGGUCGUCGUCUGUGUCGAGGAGUGCCUCCGCUCGGCCCCCGUGGAUGCAGUCUCCGUCUCCCCUGUCCGCUGGUUCGACUGCGGCCCGCCGUCGUGGUGAAUGCGGGGAGAAGGAUGCUGGCUUCGCCGAUAUUGGUGACGAACGUGACGGAAGGGAGGUGUGGGCAGAACACAGGCGAGAGCUCCGGUUGGGGCGCAAGGAAUCCAUAACUCGGGGGGUGCAGCGACUGCGUGUGGGGGAGCACGAAAAGGAAAAGGAGGCACCGGUUCUGGACGUGGACGAUCACGACGACGACGACAACGACGGAGAGGGUGGGGAGGAAGAUGAAGGCUACGUUUCGUCGUUGAGGCAAGACAGCAUAGGAGGCAGUGGCGGGAAGACGAAGACGUGGGCGUCGACAGAGACGCGGCGACCAUGUGGGAAGAAGUGGGACAAUUUGAUGCGGCGGUUCAAGAAGGUGCAUCACUUCAAUGGCUUAUCCGGGAAACAAGACUUCUUCCAAUUGUCGACGAAGGAGAGGACGUCCAAGGGCUUCAAUUUCAACACGGAUUGUGUGGUUUACGAUGACAUAGUGGGGUCCACGGCCAAGAACCACACCAUACACCCCAAGAACGUUGCCGACACCGGUGGUCGGGGUGGUGUGCGCUUGCUGUCCACCUCUUCUGCGGAUCCUGAAUCUGUGGGCGAUGGGGACGCUGGUGCAGGGCAGGACGAGGACGAUGACGGGUUGACGAAAGGUUCUUCUCAAACGACGGGUGGCCCAGGCGGUUUCAGGAAAAGGAAGAGCACGAGGCAACAAACUUUUGAAGUGAUGAUAGAAUGCAUGGAGAAGCACGAGGCGCUAAUGGUGUCAACGAUGGAGAGCGCCAGCAAGCGUCAAUGCUCCAUCCAAAUCCGGCAGUGCGAGGCAUUGGAAGCGGAGGUCGAAGUGUUGAAAAAGCACUACGCAGUGUCAAACGAAGUUAGCAAACUUAUGUGCCAUGCUCUGUUAGAGAUGGCGAAGGCCAUUCGUGAGCUUAACCGCUCUAAUCUCGCUGCGAAACGUGCAAGUGGUUGUCGUCGAGUCGACAAUACGACAUCGCCAUCGCUGCCAUCGUUGUCAUCUUGCCUUUCCGUCCGCAGCACCUUGAUCGUCAUCUUCGUCUCUAUCAUCGACAUCGUCAACGACAUCGCGGCCAUCAUCUUCGUCGCCAUCGUCAUCGCUGCCGCCGUCAUCAUCACCGUCGACAUGGACAACGAACCGUGCUUUUCGGAUUUGCAAUUGGUUAGUCGGCGAGCGGUUGUGUUGUGCGCCAUGUCGUCCCACGGCGCUGGACGCGGCAAGAACACCACCAACCAGGCAAUGGAAGCGGCGAUGCAGGAGAAAAAGGGCCGACACAACGCCAACAAGAAGAGGAAGGUCGUCCAAGGUGGGCCCUCGGAUGCAGGAAGCACCGCAGAUGACGAAUGGGUUGGGGAGGAGGUUGCACCGCAGGAGAGGAGCGACUUCGAGGAAGAGGAGGAAGCACCGUUAAAGAGGACGGUGAGGCGAACGGGGGGAGGCAUCCGAAUCAAAGAGGGGGGAAUUGAAGCUCCUGCAAAAGACGACGUGGAGGAGGUCGCGCAUGAGCUGCCGACGUCAUGGAUGUGGAAGCCGCGGCGACAUCGAGGGAGGGCUUGGCAGUUGGCAUUGUACAGCCGCAUCGCGCGGCCGUUCCACGUGUCAACGACGCCUCGGACGAGCACGAGCCUGCGGUCCACGCACGAAAACCAGCAACCCUGCGACAACGGACGGCUGCAGACGUUGCAGGUGGUUCGCAAGCGGUCGCUCAAGGGAACAGGAACCGUUCUCCUGCAUAGGAGGCGCAGGGGGCCGCUGUGGGGGGGGGCUUCACAUGCGAGAGAUGCCGCGAGGGCAGGGGAUGUCGUUGGAGAGGGGGAGGACGAUGAAGCGCUGGUGAACAGGAUGUGGCGGCGGGAUGCACGGGUUCGAAUGGAGGCGGCGUCGAAGUUGUGGCCUCUGACCAUUCGUCAAAGCAUCGUCUUGCCUCAUACCACCAUCCCGCAGCAGAAAAUCGAGGAUGAAACGGAGUUGAACACUGCAAAGGAGAGGCCGUUCAAGGUGCAGACCAUCGCUUUGCGGGUGAUCCACGGGUGGGUCUUCAAGUCGACGAGCGGGCAACGGGGGUACCACGCUGCAUACGGGUACGCAUUGAACCACGUGGCCACUGACAUCGCUCGCGCCAUGUGGACGGGGGAGGAUUGGUGUAUAUGUGUGAGCUCCAUGGUGUUCCACAUUACGCUGGACACGGAUAUGAAGUUGCCACUGUUGUUCGUCCGAGCCGACAUCGAAGACAUGCAUGAGAACGACGACGACUUGGCGGCGUAUCAGGAGGAGAGCAUCCAGCGACGGGUGGGGGCUUUCACUAGCGCCGUGAGCAUGGCGGAGGGGAUCGAUGGCGGGCGGGUGUCGUACGAAAGGUUGAAGAGCGUUGCGGACGCUAUGAGGAUAAUGCUCGCGACGACCAUGUGGUUCAUACGGAUGAGCGGGGACGAUCAUCGCGCGCACUACGACGCAUGGGUUUUUGUUCAACUCACAAUGAAGCCAAUGCUUGUGGCAUCCAUGCAUCGUUCAUUCGAUGCGCGUCGCUAUAUCCUGCAAGCUGCUACCGUCAUCACGGACAAGUUGGCGAGACCCCCCAUGACUUUGAUAGACCCUCCGUUGUACAUCCCCGACUGGGCGUCUUGCGGCGUUAAGUUCUCACAUGACGCCAACUUGCCUUCCCCCAUGGACGCCAAGAAGCUCGAUUGGCUGGGUACAGGCCCCCCGGAUGAGGAAGAAGAAGAGAAAGGCGAUGACGAAGCCGGGGGAGGGGGUUGAUGAAGCGUUCGUGGCGCUCGUCUUCGACGUGGCCGUCGAAGAAUUUCUGGAGUCUUCUAAGACGGCCGCAUAGUGGACA